AUGUCAUUUAAGAAACAUAAACCACGAAAUUUAAUUAAUAUACUUGUAGAAAAUAUUCUUGCCAAAGCAGUCAAGGAUGAUUUGUGUAAGGCAUUUGUCUUAUUAAUGCUGGGCUUAUUAAGAAGCUUUGCUUGUGUCGUGAUGUAUGAAUAUUAUGAUGCGAUGUCGCAUAAACCUGACCCGAAAAACAUUGUUGCUGUGGAAAUGUGUUCACAAACAUUUGACAGAAAAAGUUUAGGAAGUUCUUCUUAUUUACGUUUUAUUAUAGAAAUUGAUAUAGCUGAUGUUCAAGGCUGA